CGUAGUUUUGUGUAAUAUUAUGAGGCAAUCUUGCUUGCUCUGUGCUCUAAACGUGCAUGGUGAAUCUUUGCACAACAGUUGAUUUCAUGUGUCCAAAUUUCUGCAUUGCAAAGUUAUCUGCCAACAGGUGGGGCAAAACCGGAUACACACUGGUUUAUGUGUCAUUCACCCACUAAGCAGUGACACUCUUGGUUUAUACGUCAUUUAACCACUAAGCAGUGAUGCUCUUGGUUUAUAUCUUACUGACACAGUGACUUUCAUACAAACAAACCGCUUACAUCGAUUUUCAUGUUGUUUCUGGACUCUCAGCUUUAGGCAAGUACAUGUUUUGAUUGUGCCUGUUACUAUGUUAGAAAAUACAAUUUACUAAAAUAAUAAAGAUAAAUAUAUUUUUAUAUACAUUUGGAUAGAUGUAAAUUAUUGACCUUUACUGGGAAUAAUAAAUAUAUUAUUUGGCUAUUGAAAUGGCAGUGUGUGGUAUAUUGAUUUCAGCUUGCUUUAGUAUUUAUGCAGUUUUUUUUACUUUUUUAAAGUAGCAAAGUUGUGACUAAAAUGCAAAGUGAUGAUUUCACUUUGCAUUUUAGUCACAACUUUGCUAGUUUUCAAAAACUAGUUCCCACAAGUUCACACCAUCGUACUGUAUUAUAAGCUCAGUUCUAGUCACUACUGUCAAAACGGAAAAGACAGAGUUGAUUUUAUUCUGUUAUUUUACUAUCAUAUUUUUUAUAUUUGUUUUUAUUUUUAUAUUUUCUGUUUAUAUUUCACAUUUAAUUCAAGUUUUAGUAAUUUUGUUUUUGGGUUGUCUAUAUAGUUUUUAUUUAUUUAAGUUCAUCAAAUAUGAAUAGAAACAAAAAAACAUUUACUUGUCAACUACCUAAAAUAAGUAUACAUGCUUCAGUUAAUGUUGAUUUUAUUUCAAGUAACAAAAAUGUUUUUCAUGAUUUUAAUUUUAGUGAUCUAUAAUAACCCUGCUGUGACCACCUCACCACUUUGUCUUUACAGUAUUUGUGCCAUGCAAUUAAUGAAAAAACAUAAUCGUGCACUCUGUUGUCUGUUUGGCUUUGUGCUGCUCUACAUUUUCAUAUCCUGGAGCAAAACCAUGCCGCUCUUGAGUCAGAUUGAGACCAGUGGACCUAAAAGCCCAAAGGACAAUAUCACCAUCCUCCUGUGGCACUGGCCUUUCGGAGUUCGCUACAGACUGGAGAGAGGGGUCUGUAUGGAUAAAUAUGAAAUCCCUAGAUGCUUUCUAGAGGAUAACCGAUCCCAUUUCGCUCAGGCAGAUGUUGUAGUCUUCCAUCACUAUGAGCUCUGGACUGGCCACUCCAAACUGCCUCUCCACCUUACGCGUCCACCAAUGCAAAAGUGGCUUUGGUUAUCGCUGGAACCUCCUAUGAACAACCACAAUCUCAACAGCUACAACAGUCUGUUCAACUGGACAAUGAGUUAUCGUCGUGACGCUGACAUCUUCAUGCCAUACGGAGAGAUUGUUUCUAAAAGGACUAAUGCCACAUACGUUAUUCCGAAGAAGAGCGACUGCCUAGUUUGCUGGGUGGUCAGCAAAUACAAAACCAGUCAAAGUCGCUCUCUAGUUUUCCAGCAGCUGAAGAAAUACAUUCCAUCAAAACUAAUAGAAGUAUACGGUCGGUGGUCCAAACGGCCGCUCUCAAACACAGAGCUGCUUUCCACAAUAUCUCGAUGUUAUUUCUACCUUGCCUUUGAGAACUCAGUAUCCACAGACUAUAUCACAGAGAAGCUGUGGCGAAACUCGUUUCAGGCGGGGAGUGUGCCGGUGGUGCUUGGCCCACCCAGGAACAUUUAUGAACUAUCAAUUCCACCAGAGUCAUUCAUCCAUGUAAAUGACUUCAGCAGCAUUAAGGCGCUGGCUAAUUUCUUAAGUCAAGUGGCUGCUAAUAGAGAACGUUAUGAGUCUUAUUUUAGAUGGCACAAUUACUAUGAUGUUAGAAUGUACACAGACUGGAGAGAAAGACUCUGUAAUAUUUGCACACAUUAUGACCAUCUCUCUAAGCAUAAAAAAGUGUACAAUGAUUUGUAUAGCUGGGUCAACAGGUAACUGACUUUUUCAAGGAAGCUGUUUCAUUUGUAAGUGUGGAUUUUCAAAUAAUAAAUUCACCUUAUCUGGUCAAAUGUA